CAAUCGAGAAGCUGAGGAGGACUGCGAACCUCCACAAUUGGAUAAGAAAAUACAAUCGAGAAGCUCUCACGCUUGAGAGCUCAUAAGAAUCCCUUACAGACCUCUCUGAAUCAGCACUUUAGAGGAGCGAGAGAGGACUAUGGGGUGCGCCUCGUCAAAGCGGAUUGAGGCGACUCUCGCCGUCGAUGUCUACCGCCCAGCACCAACAAGCUUCGCCGUUUUCGACAUCAACUCCAUCGAAGAACCUUGGUUGAAAGCAGAUGAUCCACAACAGCAACAGGAUGAGAAGCCCACGAUUCUCCCAGCUCCCAUACUGGAGAAGCUUGACGCAUUCGAACUGGUAUCCAAAGGUCCUCAGUCAUGGUCCGAAGUCAGCAAAGCUUUGGAAGAUCUCAAACCCACCAUCGACAACCCAGUAAUCCCAACUCCACUACCACCGCCUAAACCCAAUCUCUCCAACUCCAAACCAACUUCACGCAAGUCCCUCCCCUUCCGCACCCUCGAAGAACUCGACUCGAAGCUCCCAUCGCCGCCCGAGCCAACCCAGCUCAAGAAACCCCAGUCGAUGACCCGUAAGCCCGAGUUGAAGACGACGGAGCAGCCCAUCGAUUCCGGCGGAUAUAAGCCAGUGAAAGAGAAUAUAUUCAUCUUGAGAGACAAGUUGGAGAAGGAAAAAGAAGGCAACAACUCCAAAUUGGAUCACCUCCUUACACUUAGAAGGGACCCACUCAGUGAUUACAAAGAGAAGUGUCCACCUGGUGGUGCCGAUUCGGUGGUGCUCUACACCACCACGUUACGUGGUGUGCGCCGUACGUUCGAAGACUGUAACCGAGCGAGAUCGUUAUUGGAAGGACAUCAAGUGGCUAUCGACGAGCGAGACGUGUCCCUGCACGGUGAGUUCCUGAACGAGUUGAGGGAAUUGUUGGGUGAAGAGGGGAACGUGGCUGUGCCGGUGCCGAGGCUGUUUGUGAAGGGGAGGUAUAUUGGAGGGGUAGAUGAGAUGGCGGAGUUGAACGAGUCGGGUCGACUGGGUCGGAUGCUGAGAUUGGUGGGGAUGAGUGGGACUUGGAGACAGUGUGAAGGGUGUGGGGGUGCAAGGUUUGUGCCGUGCUUGGAGUGUGGAGGAAGCUGUAAGGUAUUGAAAGGGGAUAAGAAGGAGAGGUGCCCUAAAUGCAACGAGAAUGGAUUACUUAUGUGUCCUCGUUGUCACUAGAGAUUUGCGCUUUCCUCAAUUUAUCUUUCCUCUUGUAUGUAUGGCUCUCUUCAGAUAUGAUAUAUCUCUGCCUUUUUUAUGUUAUCCUUGCUUCCUCUUCUUCACCCAUUAAAGGAGAAAGAUGGGUGGGGAUUAAGGAUACCAUACUGUGUCAUGGAUAAGAAGUGAGUUAAAAUUUCAUAUAAUUAAAUGAGAAAUGGCUCUUAUAUGUCCACUUUAAA